CCAUAACCUUAAAAUCAUUGCACUGACAACUCAGAGAAGAUACAAAUCGGGAUGUUAUUAUGAUGUACGAUCUAAUUAAUCUGGGAUAAAACUAAACAAAUACAGACAUUAUUAUUAGAAGAUGCCAAAGAUAACAUUCGUAUGUUGAACUUGUGUAAACUAACAGGGAUUUUCAAAUCAGAAGUGAAUUAUAAAUACUACAAGAUGAUACUACCAUUCAUGGAAAUUUUGCAGUUUUCUCAGUGUUCCAAAUAAGGCUUUAUACAACCUAUACCAUUGUUGAAAGUGAUAUAAUAAUGACAACACAUCUGAUAUAAAUCAGCUCAGAUAUAACUGACAAAUGAUCAAAAUCUAUUGGACAAGAUAUGUGCAUUUUAGCGUAAUUCUAUUGAAUCAACGCUAAGUAUCUCAAAAAAUGGAGCAGAUCUGUCAAAAUUUGGAAGAUGAUGAAAACGAGAAUAUUUUAUUUAAGAGGAUUUCCUCUGCCGUUUUUUAUGGUGUGGCAUCCUUCAUGAUUACAGUAGUCAAUAAAACGGUAUUAACUAGUUAUGGUUUUCCAUCUUUUCAGGUUUUAGGAAUUGGUCAGAUGAUUACUACUAUAGUUGUGUUAUUCGUAGCAAAAAAAUUAAAAUUGAUGACUUUUCCUAAUUUUCAACUAGGAACAUUCAAACAAAUUUUUCCUUUACCUUUGUUUUAUAUAGGAAAUAUGAUUUUUGGGCUUGGAGGAACUAAAGAAUUGAGCUUACCAAUGUUUACUGCAUUGAGAAGAUUUUCAAUUUUAAUGACAAUGAUCUUAGAAUUCUAUUUAUUGGGUGUGUUUCCUGUAAUAAGUGUUCAGAUAAGUGUAUAUACUAUGAUAAUUGGUGCAUUAUUAGCAACUAGUGAUGAUUUAGCUUUCAACCUGCAUGGCUAUAUUUAUAUAUUAUUGAAUGAUUUAGCAACUGCUACUAAUGGUGUUUAUACAAAAAAGAAAUUAGACUCGAGGGAACUAGGAAAAUAUGGACUAAUGUAUUAUAAUUCUCUAUUUAUGAUUGGCCCUGCUUUAAUAAUUUCAUAUUAUUCUGGGGAUAUUGAAUUAAUUUCCAGAUUCAAAGAUUGGAGUAAUCCAUUUUUUUUAGCUCAAUUUAUCAUUUCAUGUAUUAUGGGUUUUGUUCUUUCAUAUAGUGUUAUGUUAUGUACACAUUAUAACUCUGCUUUAACAACAACUAUAAUAGGUUGUUUGAAAAAUAUUUCUGUAACUUAUUUGGGCAUGGUUAUCGGAGGAGAUUAUAUUUUUUCUUGGAUUAAUUUUAUAGGAUUGAAUAUUAGUGUAAUAGGAAGCCUGUUAUAUACUUAUGUUACUUUCAGAAAGAAACGAACCAAAGUUCCUUAUGUUCCUUUAAAAAAUGAAAACAAAGAAAACAUUAUAUAGCAUUUUAAGCUCUAUCACCAUUAAUUUAUUGUCCAUGGAAUAAUUGAAUAAUAUCAAAUAGUUCUCAUUUUUGAUUUUAGUGAAUAUCAAUUUUUUCAUCUAAAGGACAAAUUAAGAAUGAUAAAUUUUGUGCCAUUUAUGUAUAUAUAGAGUCUCUAAUAUUUGAAAUUUCAUCAUGACUAAUUUUCAAGAACAUCCAAUAUAUUCUGAUAUUUUAUUAGAAUCAAGUUUACAUUUCAGGCACGAUAAAAUUAAAAUUACUUUUAUUAUGUGAUUUUCAGUCACUAUUCAAGUGCAAUAAAAAAAUGCCUUUUGUAUAUUGUGAAAGCAUUUGUACUGUUUUGAUUAUAAGAUAAUUUUAUGAUUAUAGUGAUGAAAUAUCCUAAUAGGCAUUUUUUCUUAUAUAAUAUCCAUAAGAAUCGAGAAAUACUCAUAGGAGCAGAUUUCUUGAAGAAAUAUGAUUUAAAUUUAGAUUUUCAAAAAUUAUCUAAAUAUUAUUACCCAAUCCCCUUGAAAUAGCAAACAGUAUUUUGGAAUUCUAUGAAAAUUCCAGAGGAUCUUACACACUAUAGGAACCAUAUAGUUUCUAUACUGUGGAUCUUGCAUCCACUUACUCUUACACCAAUUUCAACUCAUCUUAUGCUACCAUUAUAUUUUUAAAAGUUCAUUCUCUCAACUUCUUGCACCAUAAUAUUUUAAUCAACAAUCAAAUUUAAUCAGAACAUUUUGGGGGUUUUCAUAGAAGGUGGUAUUGGUCAGUAUUUUACCCAUAGAAACCCAUACGGUUUCUACGAAAUUUGCUACUGCUUUUUCAAGGUCUUCGGUGCAGUCUUUUCUUGUAGAUGUAGACUGUUGGAACUUGCUUUCGGUGAACUUCUUCCAAUCGAUUAUCUCUUUAUUCUUUUGCACUGGGUUCAUGUAAUUUUCAAUGUGCAUAAGCACAGGAUUAUGUUCAGAGUUUAGUAAAUUCCUGGUUGUGAGGUCGAUUUCCCUGUUCACAUUCUUCACUAUGGCAAUGUCUGGGAUUCCUGACGAAUUAUUGUGGUAUGUUUGUUCCUCUGGGGGCCAUUCCACAAUAUAGUGACCGCUUCUAGGGUGAUGCUAUUGGGUGUUCUGGUUCGGAUACUU